CGAGGGGGAUUUGCCCAAGGUCACACAAGGGGUAGACUGAUUUCUGUGUUCCUGCAGCCCAGAGAACAAGCUAUCUUGUGCUACCCGAGGCUUCACGAUGGGUUGCCCGGCUGGCGCGUGGCCAGACUUCCAGUCUCCUGUGUUGAUGGCGGUUGCCAUGGCAGUGGCACAUUGUUUCCCCGCCUCAUCUUGGUGACGUUAUGGGACCAGCGUUCAAUGGGAAAGCAGCUCCGCGUCAAGCACCGCCUUUCCCGACAGGCACUGCCUUAGCGACUGGGAGACAAGCGUCGACAAGUGCUGGACCGGCUGGCUCGGGUCGCGGCCGCGGCGUUACAUCGUUUUCCAAUCUGUCCGCAAACGCCGCCGCCCGAGACAGAGCCAGGAUGUUCGGGAUGCUGAGCAGCAGCUUUGAGGAUGAUCCCUUCUUCUCUGAUUCUUUUAUGGCACACCAAGAAAGUAUGCGACAGAUGAUGAGAAAUUUUUCUGAACCUUUUGGAAGAGACCUGUUCAGCAUCUCUGAUGGCAGAGGAAGAGCUCGUAACCAUACGGGACAUGAGGAUGGAGAAAAUUCCUUGACUGAUAUCCAGAAGGAAGAAGGAAAAAUUGGAAGACUAGUCUAUGCUAGAGCUGUCCCACAGCCAAGGAUACACCACUCACAUACAGAUGUCAACCCUUUUCAGGCAAUGGACCGAAUGAUGUUAAAUAUGCGAAACAGCAUGCAGGAAUUACAAAGAAACUUUGGUAACCUUUCAACGGAUCCAAAUGGACAUUCGUUUAGUUCUUCCUCGGUUAUGACUUAUUCCAAAGUAGGAGAUGAACCACCAAAGGUUUUCCAGGCCUCAACUCAAACCCGCAGGGCUCCAGGAGGAGUAAAGGAAACUAGGAGAGCACUGAGAGAUUCUGAGAGUGGACUAGAAAAAAUGGCUGUUGGUCAUCACCUCCAUGACCGAGCUCAUGUCAUUAAAAAGUCAAAGAACAAGAAGACUGGAGAUGAAGAGGUCAAUCAAGAGUUCAUCAAUAUGAAUGAAAGUGAUGCUCAUGCUUUUGAUGAUGAGUGGCAAAAUGAGGUUCUGAAGUACCAACCAAGGGGACAAUGGCACAAUCUAGAAAACUCUAGGAUGCGAAACAUUGGUCAUGAGAAUUCAGGAUCCCGAGAACUUAAAAGAAGGGAGAAACUGCAUCAAAGUCCAGCCAUUGAACGUGGAAGAAGAUCAAAUGUUUAUGUGGAUAAACUCAACAUCAAAGGAUCACCUAUGAAAAUCAACAAAAAAUAAAUAGCAUUACACUUGAUUUGUUUAGUUUUGGUUGUUUGAACAGAGAAAGUAAUGGUGCUGAGUAAUACACCUAAGACCAAUUGCUUGUUAUUAAAUCAAUACUGUGUUCUUAGCAACUUUCUUCUGAAUUUUCUUGGAAGUGCUAGCUUUAUAUUGUCCCUACUUUAGGAAUAAAACUUUAAUGUUCAAUAGUGCAAGCUGUUAAACAUUCUAUGACACUCUUUAAAACAUAACACAUGCUGAUUUUGCUUUCACAAUUAUUUUCCUAUUGGCUAUGUAUUCCCCUAUACAUUCAAGAUUGAAUGUACAGCUAGCUGUUCUAUCAUAUAAAAUUAGUUAAAAGAAUAAACUGUAAAAAAAAUAGUCUCAAUUUUUACUAACACUAUAAUAGGGUGAUGUUUACAAAGGUUAAAAUUAUUUAGCUCAAAUUUUAUAAUGUGUUAUGUAGCCAGCUAGCUUAAAUAAUUUUUUUUUUUUUUGCUGUAUGCGGGCCUCUCACUGUUGUGGCCUCUCCCGUUGCGGAGCACAGGCUCCGGACGCGCAGGCUCAGCAGCCAUGGCUCACGGGCCCAGCUGCUUCGCCGCAUGUGGGAUCUUCCUGGACCGGGGCACAAACCCGUGUCCCCUGCAUCGGCAGGCAGACUCUCAACCACUGUGCCACCAGGGAAGCCCAAGAAUUUUUUAAAAUAAAGCAAAACUAUACUAGUACUCUUUUACAAAAAAUUAGUUAUUGUUUUGAUAAAGAACAUAAAGAAUAAUCAAAUAGUUCCUUUUCAAAGAGAUUUUAAAUUGUUAAUAUACAUGAAUUUUCUUAUCGUUUCUUUAUACAGUGUAUUCUUUUUUUGUUCUGUGUUACAUUUUCAACAUUCGACAGACUUUAUAUUGACCUUUCUCUUUAACAUCUUAAGGUAGCAUAUUUCUGUUCUUCUUUCUCACAGACAGCUUAAUCUAUCUCCACGGUUAACAUUCUAAAGUUGCAGUGUCCUUGGAGAAACUCUGCUCGGCCUUUUUGUGACAUUUAGAAAAAUGCAUUUGGUAUUCUGCAAACCUGAAUGAUUGAUUGUCUCAAAAUUUCUUAGACAGGUGAAGUGUGUUUGAGCAAGGUACUUAAUAAUUCAAUUGUUCCCUUUUUAAGUAUACUAUUUAAAAAUUCAGCUCUUGGGUUUUUUUCAUUCUAGAAUGCGAGCAUUAAUCUGUUUUUAUAAAGUUAGGCAUGAAGUUUGUGAGAAUAUAUAAUCUUAACUUUUAAGUUUUUGUUGUUUCAAGGGGGGGAAAAACAGAAUCGAUUAUCACUCUAUAUAAUCCUAAUAUCUUCCCUUUUAAAUUUUGGAAGUAGAAUUGUGUGAUUGUGCUUAUACUCAUCUAAUUUUCUAUAUCAUAUCCUGUUAAUUUUACUAGUCAGUGUUUCAUGCCUUUAAUUAGUCACUAAAAUAAGAUGCAUAUGUGUCAAUUCAUUUUUAUAAUGGAAAGCAAUUGAGCAAGUAUUAAAGAUGUUAAAAUUUUCCUCUUAUGGAUAAUUUAGUAUACUAAUAACAUACUAUUACAUACUGGGAAGUUAUCAUAAGGCAUCCAUUUGAAAUAACACUUCUGCAUAAAUUCCCUAGACAGAGCAAAAUCCCGGUAGACACUGUAAUUAUUCUCCUUUUGCCUAAAUUAUUACACUGAAGUUAACUUGAAUCAUUAUAUUCAAAUAUGAAAACACAUUUUAAUAAAUAAUUGUACUUAAAACAGUAUAACUUCUAUGCAUCAUAUAACAGAGAAUUCAUAGAUGCUUUUUUCAUCUCAAUUUGUUUACUGUAGAAAUCAAAUUAAAAUUGAAUUAGAUAUAUAUUUCCUCCUAUGCCACAGUGCUUCCUAAGGGGCCACUUACAAAAUAUGUGACAUCUGGAGAUUAAGUGUUAAUUCUUUAUGUUCACACGAUGCUGAAAUUAACUUUUUUCAGAUUUUAUUUUUAUCUUCAUUCUGAAGUCAACUAGUAUAAAAAAGAAGGCUCGCCAUAGCUUGUAGUUCACAUGUUAUUUUUUCUUUAUUGACAACCACUGAUCUUUCUGGAACGCUGGGUCCUUGGGGAAUGUAAGGAUAUUAACUAUUUUGUGAAUGUGGCCUUGACAAUAAGUCCAAGUUGAAAACUUAGGCUCCUUGCUACUUUAGUGAUUUUCCUGGUAACUUUCAGUCUCAGUGAUAGGUUUUCAUUAUUUAUCUUUAGGACUUCGUUAUCUUUUAUUGUUACAGGGCAGUGGCAGGAGCACAUUGGUAUCAGAUGGUGCCCUACGUGUGGCAAUGUGAUGGUGUUUGGAGGUGGGGCCUUUGGGAGGUGAUUAGGUUAUGAGAGUGGAGCCCUCAUGAAUGGGAUUAAUGCCUUUGUAAAAGGGACCCUAGAGAGCUCCUCCACUCUUUCUGCCUUGUGCCCACACAGUGAGAAGUUGGCUGCCUAUGAACCAGGAUGUGGGACACACCAGACACUGAAUCUCCUGGAACCUUGAUCUUGAUCCCACCUUGCAGAUCUAUGAGAAAUAAAUUUCUGUUGUUUACAAGUCACCCCAUCUAUGGUAUUUUUGUUAUAGCUGCCUGAAUGGACUAAGGCAAUGGUCUUAGGCUAGUCGGGCUCGGGCAAUUUGGAGAUUCUACUGAUGUUUGACCUAGACCCUUACUGCAGUGAAUCAGGACCUUCACUGAAUUGAUCUUUAUUCUUAUAAAGAUAAGAUAUAAAAGUUAUAACAUAUACCUGGCAAAGUUGUAGCAAAGUUAUAAAAUGACUAUGAAUUAAUAGAAUGUGUAACUGCUUUGAAUGAUAUAAUGUAUGUGUAUUUUGCCACUUUAAAACCUAACAGAAGUAAUCUAUAAUGUAUACCCAUAUAAAAAUUU